UCUGUUGCUGAUGACAGGCGGCGGCGGUGGAUCGGCUCAUCGGUGCGGUCGGACAGGGAGUUUUCCCCCGUUUUUUUUCUCCCUCGCAGGCGCGCGCUCUCAUCCGGUGCGCUCCAGGACGCAUCAAGGAUUUCACAAUGGAGGCAACAUCAUCUACAACACCACCAUCAUCCUCAUCAUCACCAGGAGCAGCAGCAUCAAAAGCGCACUUUACUUUCUUCACCGCAGCGAUGGAUCACGAGGAAAGCGCAUUAAAAUAAAAGCGUAAGCAAAUAAAGAAACUCAUCGGGGGUUUUUGCUUUCGAAUCCUUUGUGGGAAAGUUUUUUCUUGACAAGAACAUUUUUAAUCAAAUGGGACGUGAAAUGGAGAUCCCAACUUUCCUGCUGUCGAGUCUUGCUGUGCUGUUCGUCGGUGGGGAUAUUUUCACCAGGGCCAUGCUGAGUGACAUUGGGGACUAUGUAGGUACAGACAUUGAAAUAUCCUGGUUACCUAAUCUGGAUGAUUUAAUGAAGGGCUAUGCCAGAAAUUUUCGCCCUGGGAUAGGAGGUCCGCCUGUAAAUGUGGCCAUGGCCAUUGAAGUGGCCAGCAUCGACCACAUCUCUGAAGCAAACAUGGAAUACACCAUGACCGUGUUCUUGCGGCAGAGCUGGCACGAUGACCGCCUGUCCUACAACCACACCAACAAGACUCUGGGACUGGACAGUCGCUUCGUGGACAAGCUGUGGCUACCUGACACCUUCAUUGUCAACGCCAAAUCGGCCUGGUUUCACGACGUGACCGUAGAGAACAAACUGAUCCGUCUGCAGCCCAACGGCGUCAUCCUGUACAGCAGUCGAAUCACGUCGACGGUGGCGUGUGACAUGGACCUCACCAAGUAUCCCAUGGACGAACAAGAGUGCAUGCUGGACUUGGAGAGCUAUGGCUACUCAUCGGAGGACAUAGUGUAUCACUGGUCAGACAGUCAACGACACAUUCAUGGACUCGACAAGCUGGAGCUUUCCCAGUUCACCAUAACAGACUACCGCUUUGUUACAGAAAUUAUGAACUUCAAAUCAGCGGGACGCUUCCCGAGACUCAGUCUUCGCUUCCAGCUGAGACGUAACCGAGGUGUCUACAUCAUCCAGUCGUACAUGCCUUCGAUACUCCUGGUUGCCAUGUCUUGGGUGUCCUUUUGGAUUAGCCAAUCAGCUGUCCCUGCUCGUGUAACCUUAGGGAUCACAACUGUUCUUACCAUGACUACCCUGAUGGUGAGCGCCCGCUCUUCGUUGCCUCGGGCGUCAGCCAUCAAGGCGCUGGACGUCUACUUCUGGAUCUGUUAUGUGUUUGUGUUUGCGGCCCUAAUUGAAUAUGCCUUCGCUCACUACAACGCCGACUACCGACUCAAAGAGAAGGCCAAGGUGAAGGCAAACAAGCUCAGCUCCGAGUCUAUUGUAAAGAACAGCAAACAGGCCAUGGUUCUGUUUUCCCUGUCAGUCACCGGCGUGAAUCAAGGAGUCGUUAUUUCAAACCGCCAGGGUCGGACCCAACGCCCCAGCAGCGAGAUACCCGGCGAGGGCGGCACAGAGGAGCCCGAGCCGAGCAGCAGGAGGUCCAGGCCGGCGGAGGAGAGCGAGGAAAACAAGAAGUGCUGCUCCAAGUGUGUCUGCAAACCCAUCGACGCCGACACCAUUGACAUCUACGCCAGGGCUGUGUUCCCCUUCACCUUCGCCGUGGUGAAUGUGAUCUACUGGGUGGCAUACACCAUGUGAAAAGGGAGGCAGCAGUGGAGAGCAAAGGCCUGCCCUUCAGGUUCAGAGCUGUACAUAAGAAACUGCUGGAGUUGUGACAUUUUGAUGCUGACAGACUGGUGCAGCUGACCGGAGGCUGCAGGCUUCAGCAGGAGGAAACUUCAGCUCACGGCGGUCUGAGAAAACAGACAUCUGGUAAAAAAACUGAAGUAGUGAUGAGUUUAAACCCGUUAGAAGGACCUAAACAUAUUUAACUACUGAUACAAAUAGUUGUAUAAAGGCAAUGCAAUAAAAUGCCUGUUGGAAUUUUAUCGGCCGAUUAAGAUGUUUUUGUCCAUCCGACUCUGAUCAACACGAAUCAGGAAACUGACUUGUCUGUGUGAGCCGCCAUUAUCUCCAAAAGCAAACACUCCUCUCAGCCGAGAGGAGGAUGAGACGAGGCGUCCUGCAUGGCUGAUAACUUAUUCACCCUCGUCCUCCAUCACCACCACUCUCUCUCCGUUGCUCCUCCACCCAUUUAUUUCUUUUAGUUUAUUUUUACGUUUAGGAGAAUCUUAUCUCCUUUUGCCAGGUCUGCCUGUUUCCUUGUUAUUAAAGGACUUCCUCCACCA